AUGAAUUCUCAGCCUCUCCCUUCCGAUAUCUUGCUACACAUAUUCCAUGCAGCGGCUGCCAACGAGCCGCCGCGCUUCAUGCACGUGCCGCACUUGAAAAACCCUGGCGUCCGCAAAGCGCUGGGCCUUCCAGAUGAGACGCGGAGUAAUCGUCUAGGAUGGGUCCGACUGGGCCAUGUUGAUCACCAGUGGAGGAAUACACUCCUGGGCGCGCAGAAUCUGUGGGCCGACCAUAUCGGCCUGCUUCCUGCUGGGGCUGAAGAGAUGCUUGAUCGAGCGGGCGCUACGGCUUUAUUGACGCUACACCUUCCCAUUGGGCCGUCAAGCUCUCCCGACGUUCAGAACCUUACGCGUGUGCUGCAGGGACAUAAAGACACUAUCCGUGCACGCUUACAGGCCGUCUUUAUUUGGGAUCCACGUCCAUUCAGAGACACAGUACCUCAACGCCCCCCACCUCAUGGGAAUGACGACACAGAUGGUUACGAAAUAGCCACUCUGAUGGCUUCAACAUCGGUGCUCUCAGAAGAUCAAAGCCAUGACCUAUUUCCGUUCAAUAUGCUGAGAUCCGUCCUACUCCGCCACGCAGUCCGUACACUCAAAGUGCUGGAUCUAUCUCGCCCUGCCAGCCCAUCGGGCGAGUUCUCAAUCAUUGCUCCAGAACUACGUCACCUUCGUCUUGAAAACUAUGCCAUCUCCUGUCCACAGUCUACCCAAUUGGUCACAUUAUCCCUCGUGAGGACUAAGCGGCGGAGACAUUGGAACAUGCAACCGAGAAUGUCGCUGGAGGCGGCCUUGGAUUUGCUACAGCAAUCCGCUGCUAGCCUACAACACGUUGAGCUGAGCAAUGUCUUCGUUGACACCCAGACUCCGCAGCUCCUAUUCGCAGUCUUCCAUGCGCCCGUAGAGAGGGAACCUCCCAGGCCUCGUACAGUCGACUUACCUGUCCUUCGGACUAUCACGUUGCGCGACUCGGCGGAGGAUAUCGCAGAUCUGCUGCAUUGCUUGCACUACUCCCAGAGCGUGACAACGUGUUUGAAUCCCCACAGUUCCCCCUUUGAUACGGAUCAGACUACUUUGCCUUUGCCCAUAAGUGCUGCCCUCGCCAAGUAUGGCGAGUGCCACCUCGCAGGCUUGCGCGUUCAAGAGGAUAUUGAGCGGCGGGGCAGUAUCGAUGUCUUCGCUUUACCUGAGGGCGACACAACGCGCGCGCACAGCUGCGCGUGGUAUCAGACGCGUUCACCGAUGAUCAGAGUGCUGGUAGACUUUUCACCCCAUCGCUCUGAUGCCAUAGCUGUGGCGAAGAGAGUUGCAAACGAGUUGUCUGUGUCGGGCAUAGACAUCAAGGAGCUCGCAUUGAACCUCCGCAGCUCGAUAGCUCAGGACAAGGUCUUAGAAAUGCUUACGUGCGCUCCGAAUGCGCGCAACGUCUGCCUCGAGACGCACUCGAUGGCUUUCUCGUCAAUAGCGUAUGCUCUGCGCCAGUACAUCUCCGAAAGUGGCUCUCGCCAGCCUUACAAGUCGAUCUGCCUCAUCGCCGGCGCAGACCCAACGGCGAUCACCAACCUGGCGUUGAUGUCUAUUGCAUUCGGACAGUCGCGCGCUGACAAGAUCUCUCUACAUGUCGACGAGAGAUUCAAGGCGAUGCCAGGUAGGGAGAAAGUACACGGUUAUCUGACAGAGUUGGAGGGCGUUUUUCAAGAAGUCAUUCUUCGCCAUUGUAGAAUCUGA